GGACGAGUCAGAGCGGAGGGUCCCCAGACUCAGGCAGGCGGGACUGGAGAGCUAGGUCAGCGCACCAGGCAGCGGCGGGCGGGGGGGCUCCGAGAUGCAGGCGACGCGGAUGGCCCCGAGCGUGGGGCGGCAGCUGCUGAGGUUGAGAGGUGGAAGCUCGCGGCCCAGCGCGCUCCUGGGACAGCCAUGGCUUGGCCCUGCCUGCCGACCUUAUGCUAGUGGAGCCGCUCAGGCGGUUCUGGAAAAGUCAGAUCCCCUCUCCUCCGAUGCGUCCACCAAGGCAAAACAGACCAAGGCGGAAUCAAAGUCCUUUGCUGCGGGGAUGUUCAAAGGCCAGCUCACCACCGACCAAGUGUUCCCGUACCCGUCGGUGCUUAACGAGGAGCAGACGCAGUUUCUCAAAGAGCUGGUGGGGCCGGUAUCCCGUUUCUUUGAGGAGGUGAAUGAUCCAGCCAAGAAUGACACUCUGGAGGCCGUGGAGGAAACCACUUUGCAGGGCCUCAAGGAGCUGGGAGCCUUUGGUCUGCAGGUGCCCAGUGAGCUGGGCGGUGUGGGCCUCUGCAACACCCAGUACGCCCGGUUGGUGGAAAUCGUGGGCAUGUACGACCUUGCUGUGGGCAUCACCCUGGGGGCUCAUCAGAGCAUUGGUUUCAAAGGCAUCCUGCUCUUUGGCACAAAGGCCCAGAAAGAAAAAUACCUCCCCAAACUGGCAUCUGGGGAGACACUGGCUUCUUUCUGCCUAACUGAGCCUGCAAGUGGGUCAGACGCAGCCUCUAUCCGAACCUCAGCUGUGCCCAGCCCCUGUGGAAAAUAUUAUACCCUCAAUGGAAGCAAGAUUUGGAUCAGUAACGGGGGCCUGGCAGAGAUCUUCACAGUCUUUGCCAAGACACCAGUUACAGAUGCAGCCACAGGAACAGUGAAGGAGAAGAUCACUGCUUUCGUGGUGGAGAGGAGCUUCGGGGGUGUUACCCAUGGGCCCCCUGAGAAGAAGAUGGGCAUCAAGGCCUCGAACACAGCAGAGGUGUAUUUCGAUGGAGUACGAGUACCUUCAGAGAACGUGCUGGGCGAGGUGGGGGGCGGCUUCAAGGUCGCCAUGCACAUCCUCAACAAUGGAAGGUUUGGCAUGGCUGCAGCCCUUGCAGGCACCAUGCGGGGCAUCAUUGCCAAAGCUGUUGAUCAUGCUGCUAAUCGUACUCAGUUUGGAGAGAAAAUUCACAACUUUGGACUGAUCCAGGAGAAGCUGGCGAGGAUGACUAUGCUGCAGUACGUAACUGAGUCCAUGGCUUACAUGGUGAGUGCCAACAUGGACCAGGGAGCCACGGACUUCCAGAUAGAGGCCGCCAUCAGCAAAAUCUUUGGUUCGGAGGCAGCAUGGAAGGUGACAGAUGAGUGCAUCCAAAUCAUGGGGGGCAUGGGCUUCAUGAAGGCACCAGGGGGAGAGCGUGUGCUCCGUGACAUUCGCAUCUUCCGGAUCUUUGAGGGGACCAAUGACAUUCUCCGGUUGUUUGUGGCUCUGCAAGGCUGUAUGAACAAAGGAAAGGAACUCUCUGGGCUUGGCAACGCUCUAAAGAAUCCUUUUGGGAAUGCUGGCCUCCUGCUAGGAGAGGCAGGCAAACAGCUGAGGCGGCGGGCAGGGCUGGGCAGCGGCCUCAGUCUCAGUGGAGUCAUCCACCAGGAGUUGAGUCGGAGCGGUGAGCUGGCAGUGCAGGCUCUGGAGCAGUUUGCCACUGUGGUGGAGGCCAAACUGAUCAAACACAAGAAAGGGAUUGUCAAUGAGCAGUUUCUGCUGCAGCGCCUGGCAGACGGAGCCAUUGACCUCUACGCCAUGGUGGUGGUUCUCUCCAGGGCCUCAAGAUCCCUGAGUGAGGGCCACCCCACGGCCCAGUUUGAGAAAAUGCUCUGUGACAGCUGGUGUAUCGAGGCUGCAGCCCGCAUCCGAGAGAACAUGACCGCUCUGCAGUCAGACCCACAUCAGCAGGAGCUCUUCCGGAACUUCAAAAGUAUCUCCCAGGCCUUGGUGGAGCGGGGUGGCGUGGUCACCAACAACCCUCUUGGCUUCUGAAGACUCCCAACUAGGGCCUGGUCCUGUGAUGUGCCUUCUCUCCAGCCAAAGCCACAGCCACUUUCCUGGGGUCUCUGGUGUGCCCUGAAGGGGACCUGAUAUUCCCAGAACCGUGCCUGCUCUAAGGAGCACUGACUGCCUCACAAUGAAUAAAAUUCUAACAAGUCGCACUUU